AGCAGCUGCAGGGGCUCAUGAGGUCACUGUGCUGGUAAACUGUUGAGCAGGAAUCAGUAGGUGGCAGUGCAGAUAUCCUGAAUUUCUCCUCAGCCUGAACCAAAAAUGCUGAUGUUGUGGCUUUCCUGUCUCCUGAUUGGAAGUGUCACCUGUGGUCCUGUAAAACAAGCAGCUCCAGGAUCCGUGCCACAGGAAACGCCUUAUUACUGGGGAGGAUGGAUGGCUUCUGGCCCAAGCUCUAUGGAGACGGCUCCCGAGGACACCGCCAGUGAUGGUCCUAAAGGUUCCACCGGUCAAGUGGCUGAAGACCAGAGUUCCAGUUUAGGUGAUGAUUCUGCUGAGGAGGAACAAGCCGAGAGUGUGGUGGAGGACACGGUGGCGUCUGAACCUGAAGUGGUCUACCUUGAGCCAGUCUUCAGUGACGUGUCUGAUCUGCAGCCAGUCUACUCCUUCAGCUCUCGUUCACGCUACCAGAGAGGAAAAAGAGUGUUUAGUCAAACCAGUUACAUCCCAGGACCUCCUGCUCCGGUCUACAGGAACAGCAGACCUGAGCGUCAACGUUCUCCUCCAGCUCGUGCUGCUCCAAAGAAACCAGGCUUCUGAAGGAGUUUAAGGACCCAGGCAGCUCAGUAUCUACCACACAGGUCUCCGGUGUUUUUCACUGCUGCUUUUCUCUGUAGAGUUGAUGCAAAUAAAAGCUUUGAAACUGA